AUGGGGGUCGUGCCCCUGCCCGCGCUGCUGCUCCUGCUGCUGAGCGGCCUGGCCCCCGGUGGCGCCGCCCUGCGCCUGCUGGUCCCCCCGGAGCCCGUGUGCGCUCAGCAGGGACUGGAAUGCGUCGUCGAGAACAGUACCUGCCUUGAUGACAGCUGGAUCCGCCUCGAAAACCUGACUCCCUCGCCCCCCAAGAACAUCCAGGUCCACCUGCACUUGGCCCAGACCCAGCAUGGAGAGCUGCUCCCCGUGCUUCACAUCGAGUGGAUGCUGAAGGGAGACUCCAGCUUCCAGGUCCUGAAGGGCGCAGAGUUGUCUCUCCUGCAGCUGAACACCAAUGAGCGUUUGUGUGUCAAGUUCAAGUUUCUGUCCAGACUGGAGCAUCCUGCGGUAAGUGGGGAAGAAUGGCGCUUUAACUUCAGUCACUUUGUGGUAGAACCUGGCCAGAAGUAUGAGGUGACUGUUAACCACCUGCCCAAAUCCAGCUCUGACGGGGACCCGAACCACGAGUCCAAGAGCUUCCUUGUGCCUGGCUGCAGGGACCCCAGCAUGAAGACCUCCACGCCCUGCGUGACCGCGGGCAGCCUGUGGGACCCCAACCUCACCGCGGAGCUGCUGGAGCCCCGCCAGCUGCGGGUGGGCUUCACCGUGUGGAACGAGUCUGCCCACUACCACGUCCUGCUUCACAGCUUUCCGAGCUCGGAGAACCGCAGCUGCCUCACGCACACCCUGGAUGUCCCUGCGCCCCCAGAGGAGGAUUUCCACCAGCAGAUCAACGUCAUGCUCAGCUUGCCCGAUAGCUGGUGCUGCCGCCACCACGUGCAGCUCCAGCCCUUCUUCAGCAGCUGUCUGAACGACUGCCUCCGAUACUCGGUGACUCUGCCCUGCCCUGCCCUCCCAGACACAGCAGAGUCACUGCCCCUCUGGACGUACGGGCUCAUCACUGGCAUCGCCCUUCUGCUGGUGGCCUCGGUCAUUCUGUUGACCGUCUGCCUGGCAUGGAAGUUGGCUGGGUCGCACCACGGAAAGCCAGGUGACGCCAACAUGUCCACAGAUGUUCAGCCCCCUGCUGCCUUGACCCCACCACCCCUGAAGCCGAAGAAGGUCUGGAUUGUCUACUCAGCCGACCACCCCCUCUAUGUGGAUGUGGUCCUGAAGUUCGCGCAGUUCCUGCUCACUGUCUGCGGCACCGAAGUGGCUCUCGAUCUGCUGCAGGAGCAGGUCAUCUCCGAGGUGGGGGUCAUGACCUGGGUGGGCCGCCAGAAGCAGGAGAUGGUGGAGAGCGGCUCCAAGAUCAUUGUCCUGUGUUCCCGGGGAACCCGGGCCAAGUGGCAGGCCAUGCUGGGCUGGGAAGAGCCCUCUGUCCAGCUUCGCUGUGACCACUGCAAGCCUGCUGGGGACCUGUUCACAGCUGCCAUGAACAUGAUUCUCCCAGACUUCAAGAAGCCAGCCUGCUUUGGAACCUACAUCGUCUGCUACUUCAACUCCAUCAGCAGUGAGAGUGACAUCCCAGAUCUCUUCAACAUCACCUCCAGGUACCCACUCAUGGACAAGCUGGAGGAGGUCUACUUCCGGGUGCAGGACAUGGAGAUGUUCGGGCCUGGGCAGAUGCGCUGUGUCGGGGAGCUCACAGGGCAGAACUACCUGCAGAGCACCAGUGGCCUGCAACUGAAGGAGGCCGUGGAGAGGUUCCGGGAUUGGCAGAUCCAGUACCCUGACUGGUUUGAGCAGGAGAAUCUUGGCUCCACUGAUAACCAGGAACUCCCGUCCCUGGAUGAAGAAGCAUUUGAUGAGCCCCUGCUGCCCUCAGGGGGCGGCAUCAUCCGUCAGCGGCCACUGGUGCGAGAGCCUGCCUCCCCGGGCUGUCUGGCUGUGGAUCUGCUCCUUGGGGAGGAAGGAAGGGGGAUGACAAGGCUGGAAGCUCAGGUGCAGCCCCAGAGGCCUCUGGCAACCCCCCUUCAAACACAAGUGUUUCCGUUGGAAACGGUCCCUCCAGCUCAAGCCAUAGUGCCUGUCCCACACUGCAUGGUUCAGAGUAGAGUGACCAGCCACGUGACCUUGGUGGAGCCAGGUGAGGCCUGCCCUCUGCUGGAAGCCCGUGGCCCUCAGCGGAACUGCAUCCUCUUCCUCCCGCAGCAAGCAGAGGACCCGCCUCUCGGCAGCAGCCCCACAGCACCACCCAGCCUCCCCCUGGAUGAUGCCGGGGUCCUAGCUGGGAGCUUGCCUUUCUCCUUCUUCCAACAGCACCUGAGCUGCCAAGCCCAGGCACUGUGUGUGAGCCCGACGGCGGGCCUCACACGCCCCCAGGUCCCCUCUGAGGAGGAGCAGUCGGACCAGGGCUAUAUCUCCAGGAGCUGUCCACAGCCCCCCGAAGGGUUUAUGGAAGAGGGAGAAGGAAAGCCAACCGAGAUGCUGUCCCCCGAGGACCUGGAGCGCCUCAGGAGUCUCCAGCAUCAGCUCUUCUUCCAAGAGCUUCAGAGGAACUCUGGCUUGGCCAUCCAAAUGGACCAGCCAGAGAGAAGAGGACAGAGCUCAGCGAGCCAUCGCCUCUGCAUCUCUGCAUCUCUGCAGUGCCCACUGAGCCUUUGUGUGAACCUGGCUGGACCACCCCGCCAGCUCAAGACCAAAACCAUGCUGCCUCCCUGGACCAGUGUGUCCACCGCGAAGAAGAAAGUUGCCAAGGUGUGCCUGUAA